AUGAUCUUUGGUUCGAUUCGAAACUUCUUGAUAGGAGAUGAUAUUUGGGAAGAAAUUCAUGCCAGCAAUGGACGGAUCCAAUUGGCAAAAGACCACAUCGACCGCCUGUUUCAGUCAGCCAAGGCAAUGUUCAUGGACCUCGGAGUAUCCGAAACACAACUGCAGGAUCUCCUCCACAAGACUCUGGACGAGAACAACAUGUCAAACGAGCCACAUGUGCACACUCGUUGGUGGUAA